UACGCCCGCUUUCCGUAACCGCCCUCCCCACGCCCGCAGCUGGUGCAACCCAGGGGCUGGGGUUUGCAAUCCAAAUCAUGCAGCUGCCGGAAAGCGGCGAAGGCGACCACUCCGGCUGCCUCCUACGGGGAGUCACCUGGCUGCCUCGUCGCUCUCUCCCAUCCCCCGCUCCACCGCUGACUGUCGCGGCCGGGGUGGAUUACCUCAGCGGGACUAACAUGGGGAGGUCGCCGAGUGCCGGGCAGCACGGCUGACGGCUUAGCUCUUUCUCCCCACCGCACCUCCGCCGUGGCUGCUCCCUUAAUCCGAAAAGCCGCCUUCCUGAAAAAGCCAUGGAAGAUUGUUCCUUGCCCGAUCUGCGAGAUAUCGAGCUCAAGCUGGGGCGCAAAGUCCCCGACAGCCUAGCGCGCUCCUUGCGGGGGGAGGAGCUCGCCGUCGCCCGGGAAAAGGACCGGGAGCAGCCCGGCGGAGGGCCUGGUGUCGCCGGCUUCUCCGCUUCCCGGGCCCCCAGAGCCGCCAUGCUCAGCGGCCCCGGCGGCAGUGGCAGCAGCUCCAGCGCCCUGGAAAGACUGGAGACCAGACUUCACCUCCUCAGACAAGAAAUGGUUGACCUCCGAGCCACCGACAUCAGGCUAAUGCGACAGCUCCUGAUCAUCAACGAAAGCAUUGAAUCCAUCAAGUGGAUGAUUGAAGAAAAAGGACCCAUCACCAGCAGGGGCAGCAGCUUGAGUGGCAGCCUCUGUAGUUUGUUGGAGAGUCAGGAGACCUCCUUGAGAGGCAGCUACAACAGCUUACAAGACUGCAGUGAUGGACUGGAUGGAAUAUCUGUGGGAAGUUACCUGGACACUUUGGGGGAUGACAUCCCUGGCCAGCACACUCCUUCAGAUGUGGACCAGUUCAGUGACUCUUCACUUAUAGAGGACUCACAGCCCCUGCAUAAACAUCCCAAGACUGAAUCCAAUGAGUACUACUGUUUGGUUAAUAAAAUGAAGACCUAGGAGAGACACACGUGCACUUGUAUUUAUGAUUCCUCUAUGCUGCUAUUUGAUGUAAGCAUUUUUAAAGCACCUUUAUAAAAGACGACGUACUUUAAAUUUGCUCCACUGUAUCAGUUGCUGCUCCUAGACCU